AUGCCGACCGAACUUGAAGAGCUGGUGGAAUUCCUGCACCAUGGCAACACCCAAAUCAGACAAAUCGCUUGCGAAAACCUCGUCGGCUUCUCCACAGCGCAGCCUGACUUGUUCAAGCGCCAUCAACUCCUACCCGUCCGCGAUUUGAAGCUUCUGGCCCGCGAUUACAUUCCCAUUGCGAAGAAUGCAUUGACCAUUUUAGUCAAUUUGUCUGCUGACGAGGAGGUGUUGAAACUUCUCGCCGAGGAUGAGAAGUUCGUUGAGACCUUGCUUGCGAAAUUGACAAAUCCCAAGGAGCCCAACGCCGAUGAAGUGGCCAUGCUGUUGGCCAAUCUCGUCAAAUCCGACAAACUGCCCGAUCUGUUCUCACUCAAGCGCAAAGUCCCCGAAUCCGUAUCUACCUCCGGGAACGCAAUCGAUCAGGUGAUGGACUGCUUUGUGAAGGGCGCCGAGGGCGGUCUCAACAAGCACGCCAAUUAUGAUUACCUGUCAUACGUGUUUGCCGACUUGUCCCAGACGGAGAAGGGCAGAGCCUAUUUCACCCAACGCCAGGAGUACGAUGGCGUGGUCCCCAUCACCAAGCUGACUGUCUUCACGGAGCACAAAAGCGAUAUCCGCAGGAAGGGUGUUGCAUCCACAAUCAAGAAUGUGGCUUUUGAAGUCGAGUCGCAUCCAAUGCUCUUUGACGAGGAUGGCGCCAACCUUCUGCCUUACCUGCUGCUCCCACUUGCGGGCCCAGAGGAGCUGUCGGACGAGGAUACGGCGGAUAUGCUGCCAGAUCUCCAGCUAUUGCCACCCGAUAAGCAGCGAGACAGCGACACCACCAUCAUCACAACCCAUCUUGAAACCCUGCUGCUCCUGACCACAACCCGAGAGGGCCGUGAUAAGAUGCGAGCCGUCAAGGUUUACCCUUUGAUCCGUGAAACUCACAUGCAUGUUGAAGAUGAAAAUGUGACAGAGGCAUGCGACCGGUUAGUUCAGGUCCUGAUGAGAGACGAGGAAGGUGAAGGUGAAGAGGAGCCCGAACAACCUCAAAUCGAGGCGCCUCGAAACGAGGAUGAAGAGGUUUAUUUCAUCAUCCCCCCCACCAUCACGUCGUCAAAUAUCCCACUGCGGACGCGGAAGCUGUCUUGCCCCUCGGCCCCGAGGCGCAAGUGGCUUCCCGCUGAGUCGGAUCGAACUGAUUCCACUUUCGAUGAUUGUGCGAGCGACAAUGGAAAUUACCCCGAAAUCGACAAUCUACCACCCGACGUGAACCCCGACACUGGGGUUGUUCAGCGCUUUCGGGCCUUCAUGUCGCGCGCCCCUCUUCGCUCGUCGCCCAUCCUGGGUGCUCCCUCUUACGGAUCAUUGCAAAGCUCAAACGACUCGGAAGAGAAUUUUCCAGUUUCUCGCGGCCAAAAAGUUCGUGGGGGUUUACAACGCGCGAGCUUCGAAGAUGGCAUUGGAAGUUCUUCCAACGUACAAGGGUCUACCCCGAGACGAUCACAUUCCUCUGUCAGGAGACGAAACAGCUUGUAUGCAGAGAGAAAUCGUCGGCCUUCAUCCGCUGCGUCCGAUGUUGGAAUGGGUCCUGAUUCAAAAUACUCGUUUGCCACUGGAUUGGCCGUACCGGGUAACCCGGUGAUGCAGGAGACACCAGCGUCUUCGCCAUAUAUGACAAGUGAUGAUGAAAAUGCCCUAGACAUUGAUGAUGACGAUUCAAAAUCCUCGAGUGAGGAUCCUCCAGAUAAUUCGCCGUAUGCCCAAGUACGAGCUUCGGUUCCGGCCACGGACGAUAUCUCUCUUUCUAUUAACACACCUCGGAUGUGGAUUCUCUCUUUAUUAUUUUCUUUGACGGGUUCCGCUGCCAACCUUUUCUUUUCUUUGCGCUAUCCCAGUGUUGCCAUUACCCCAAUUAUUGCUCUUGUUCUGGUCCAUCCACUGGGCAAGUUUUGGGAUGUUCUUUUCAAAAAAACAGGGGACCCUCUCGAGAUUUUUGAGAACGGAUCCCUUCAUCACCGGGAAUUACUCUCCGGCGAGAUCGAUGCUCCCCCUGCACCAUUGGCAUCCCGAGUCAGGCUUUGGUUUGCCCAGGGCCGUUGGAACGAGAAAGAGCAUGCUUGCGUCUAUAUUAGCAGCAAUGUUUCCUUUGGGUUUGCUUUCGCCACUGAUGUUUUGGGAUAUGCAUUCGCGGGUCUAACUCGACGAUUCCUCGUGCGGCCAUCAGCUAUGAUCUGGCCGGGUACACUGAUGUCCACUGCAAUGUUUUCUACAAUGCAUAAGUCUGUCAACAAAAAGGCAAAUGGGUGGAGUAUCUCCCGAUAUAAAUUCUUCGUCAUUGUGUGGGGAGGAGCGUUCCUCUGGUAUUUUGUUCCGGGACUGUUGAUGCCUGCCCUAAGUUAUUUUAAUGUGAUCACUUGGUUGGCACCCAAAAACGUGGUAGUUUCGAACUUGUUUGGGGUUGCCUCUGGUCUCGGAAUGUUCCCCUUGACCUUUGAUUGGGCUCAGAUUGCCUAUAUUGGCUCCCCAUUACUCACGCCUUGGUGGGCCGCAGCCAACAUCGUGACGGGGCUGGUGCUUGUCAUCUGGAUAGCCGCUCCAAUACUUUACUAUAAAAAUGCCCUUUUCUCUGCAUAUAUGCCUAUAGUUUCAACAGCAGUAUUCGACAAUGCUGGGCGACCAUACAACGUGAGCCGCAUUUUGACCACGGACUUUUUGUUCGAUGAAAAGGCCUAUCAAGAUUACUCCCCGGUUUAUCUCCCAAUUACCUAUGUGCUGUCUUACGGUGUUCAGUUUGCUGCCUUGACAUCCCUUGUCACUCACACCGUUUGCUGGUACGGAAAGGACAUCUGGCAGCAGACCAGAAAGGCUUUUGAGGAAAGACGAGAAGUGCCAGACAUGGAGACGUACCAGCCCCUUCGUGGCAGCAAUGCUACGAUUCGGCAGAGUUUUGAAAUCCCAAGGACCAGCUCGCAUGAACCGAACCAGGAAAUUCCAUUGGGCGGGGAAGAUGUUCAUUGCCGUUUGAUGAGGCGCUACAAGGACGCUCCUCUCACGUGGUACCUGAUCGUGUUCAUCUCUAUGCUCGCGAUUGCCAUCUUCACUGUGGAAUAUUAUCCCACACACCUACCUUGGUAUGGGCUACUCUUGGCUCUUGGUAUUACCUCUUUGUUUUUCAUCCCAGUGGGCAUCAUCAUGGCCGUCACCAAUCAACAUAGCAGUCUGUAUUUGAUCUGCCAACUCCUUUGCGGUAUUGUAUUCCCGGGAAGGCCUGUAGCGAACAUGAUUUUCGUGACCUACUCAUAUAUCAGCUCUGCACAAGGGAUCAAAUUUUCCUCGGACCUCAAACUUGGCCAUUACAUGAAGAUCCCACCACGAAUUCUAUUUAGCGUCCAGAUGAUGGCGACUUUAGCCUCAAGUCUGACCCAAAUCGGUGUGCUGAACUGGAUGUUCACUUUCGUCCCGGGACUCUGCACCCCGGAAGCUAUCAAUGGUUUCAAUUGCCCCAUUGCUCGGGUCCAUUUUAACGGUAGCAUUCUCUGGGGAGUUGUUGGCCCCCAGCGCUUCUUUGGCCCAGGAGGGCUAUAUCGUCCGCUUGUCUGGGCCUUUUUGGUGGGAGCCGUCGCCCCUCUCGGAGCAUGGCUUCUAGGGAGACACAGCAAGAAGAGCUUCUGGCGUAUGGUCAACUUCCCUAUCUUGUUUGGCAGUCUGAGCUGGAUACCACCUGCAACCGGGCUCAACUUUUCCAUCUGGGCCCUUGUUUGUUUCGUAUUCAACUAUGUGAUCCGCCGAAGGAGGACCGCAUGGUGGGAGAAAUAUGCAAUGACCCUGUCGGCCGCAUUGGAUUCUGGUUUGGCAUUUGCAGUGGUCGUUGUCUUUUUCGCCUUCAUUUACCCAGGUUGGGUCGAUGGUUUCAAAUGGUGGGGGACGGAGAUCUAUAAACAAGGCUGUGAUUGGAUUGCUUGUCCAUACAAACCACUGGAACCAGGUCAACGAUUCGGUCAGUAG